UAUAUAUAUAUAUAUAUAUAAGCCUCUCCUAAAGAAACUCAAGAGGAACCUUAAUUACAAACUUAUUGAUUUUUCAAUCUUAACUAAAAUAUUAAACAAACGGCAUUGACUUGUAUAACACACUCUCUCUCUCUCUCUCACACACACACAUAUAUAUGUAUAUAUAUUUAUAUUUAUACACUCUUAACUAAAGGUGUAUAAUAUAUAUAAUAUAUAUAUAUAUAUAUAUAUAUAUAUAUUUAAGGAAUCAAUUUUGUGGUAACACAGAAGACAGAUAAGGUAUUCUUUAUCCAAAGGAAGUGAUAGGGCAUCCCAACCAUAAUGACCGAAUACAGUGAUUUAGACAGACAAAUUGAACAGCUAAGACGAUGCGAAACCAUCAAGGAGAAUGAGGUGAAAACCCUCUGUGCAAAGGCCCGGGAGAUCCUGAUUGAGGAGAGUAAUGUACAGAAAGUAGAUUCCCCCGUCACGGUGUGUGGUGACAUCCAUGGCCAGUUUUAUGAUUUGAAAGAAUUGUUUAAAGUCGGCGGUUAUGUACCUGAUACAAAUUACCUUUUCAUGGGUGACUUUGUCGAUCGAGGAUUUUACAGCGUAGAAACAUUUUUAUUAUUAUUAGCUUUAAAGGUGCGAUACCCAGACAGAAUCACUCUUAUCCGAGGCAACCACGAAAGUCGACAGAUUACCCAGGUGUAUGGCUUCUAUGAUGAAUGUUUGAGGAAGUAUGGGUCUAUCACUGUGUGGCGCUACUGUACCGAAAUAUUCGACUUCCUUAGUUUAUCAGCGAUCAUUGACGGCAAAAUUUUCUGUGUCCAUGGAGGACUGUCUCCCUCAAUCCAGACAUUAGACCAAAUAAGGGCCAUAGAUCGAAAACAAGAAGUUCCUCAUGAUGGCCCCAUGUGUGACCUGUUGUGGUCUGACCCUGAAGACAUGCAAGGCUGGGGUGUCUCUCCUCGAGGAGCUGGGUACCUGUUUGGCAGUGAUGUGGUGUCACAGUUCAACGUUGCUAAUGACAUUGAUCUCAUUUGCCGGGCUCAUCAGUUAGUCAUGGAAGGCUACAAAUGGCAUUUUAAUGAGACUGUUCUAACUGUCUGGUCAGCACCAAAUUACUGUUACAGAUGUGGCAACGUUGCAGCAAUAUUAGAACUUGACGAACAUGUACAAAGAGAUUUUACUAUUUUUGAAGCUGCCCCACAGGAAUGCCGUGGAAUCCCAUCUAAAAAGCCACAACCAGACUACUUCCUCUGAUGAACGUCAAUAUAUCUGCCCCCACCCCACCUUUCUCUCUCUCUCUCUCUCAAACCCACUACUCCCCAAUCUCUCUUACCUGUCUCUCUCUCUCUCUCCUACAUUACCAUAAACCAAAUACGUCUUACCUGUGAACUUAACUGGACCGUGAUUGGCCAGCUGUUGCACAACAUAACAUUCAGAGACUGACACAUACACACACACAAAUGGAAACAGAGACAUACAUGCACAUACACACACAUAUAUAUAUAUAUAUACAUGCACACAAAUAUAUCUACUAUUGCUAUACUCAUUGUCACCAUUCAUUUCUCAUUAAAUAUCAUCACAACACUGUCAUUCAA